AUGUCCCGGCCAGGUACCGGCCAGUUGGGCGAAAUCGCCCUGACGUACAGCACCUUCUACCCGCUGCUGCAUAACCACCCGGACAUUCUGUAUCGACACCCAGAGAACGCCUCAUUUCCCGUGUCCGAUCUCGAAUCGCCGGAAUCCUCGUCGCUCGACCCUGUCGUCGUGCCCAAGAUUAUCCACCAGAUCGCCCUGGGCAACGCCAGCGUCUCCAAGUACCAGGCGGCCAUCACAAGCUGCACCGAUCUGCAUCCCGACUGGAAGCACCAGCUCUGGACCGACGUCAACGCCACGGCCUUCAUCGCCGAGUUCUAUCCCGAUAUCCUGCCUCACUACACCAACUAUGCCCAGAACAUCCAGCGCGCAAACAUCCUGCGCUAUGCUCUGCUGCAUCACUCGGGCGGCAUCUACGUCGACCUCGAUGUCACCUGUCGCGUGCCCCUCGACUCGACGCCCAUUGUCCGUCUGCCGUAUGUCUCUCCCGGCGCUCACCCUGCCGGCGUCAACAAUGCCUUUAUCGCGACUGAGCCGGGCCAUCCUUUCCUGACGCAGCUGCUGGAGAAUGUGCCCAGCCAUGACCUGCAUUGGGCGCUGCCGAUGCGCAUUCCGUACGUCGAGAACAUGCUCAGCACCGGCUGCAUGUUCUACUCCAACCAGUGGAUGUCCUACGUCCGCGGCCUCAUGGCAGGUCGCGAGAGCCGCAAGGUCUACAUUCUGUCUGACGAGCAGGGCGAUAUGGCGCCUCACAUGCUGCGAGGCAAGGUCACGACGCCCAUCUUUGUGCACGGCGGUGCCAGCAGUUGGCACGGUUGGGAUGCUGCUUUGUUCCUGACGAUUGGCGAGCACUACACUUUUUACCUGGGCCUUCUCUUUGUGGCCUUGACCUUCUUCUUUGGCGCUGCCUACUUCUACACCACAUCGAGGAGAUCGUACCGCCGAAGAUGCCGCCUGUUUCCCUUUGGUGGCGUGGCAGCCCGGAAAAGCUGGUCGCCGACGAGGCCGCGGAAGCCCAGCGUCAGCCAGUCCAUGGUGUAAAGCAAGUGACGACACCAUCACCCUACUCGUCACUUUGACUUCUCUCCCUGUUCUCCGCACACCGUCUCUAAAAUCCGCUCCGCAACCCAUCCUCUUACUCGACCUUUUUCUCUUAAUUCUACUAUGCCACCAGUAGUACUCGACAUUGCUUACACGCUUCUCCAGCCCUUUCUUAGAGAGAGAAAGAUACCCGCUUAGUGUUUUUUUAUUUAUUAUUACUUUUUUUUUUUUUGUCGACUUACACCAUGGGCUGCAUGCGAUGAGGGGCGCACAGGAACACGCUGGCGAUGGCUUUGCCCGCUCGAUUUGGACGGUUCUCUUUUCAUACUUUUUGUUUUUCCAACUGUGGUUCCAAGGGGGGACCAACGAUACGAAACACGGGAUGGCAACUAUGGGGCAACAUGUUGGCUUUUGGCUAUCAGCUCGGCGUCAUUGGAUCGGACAUCUAUAGGGGUUAUGAAGCAUUCUAUCCUAUAGCAGCAGCGGGGACAAAACCGCAUCACAGAGUUGUAAUGAUAGAGAAUACCAAAAAAUAUCCACCUUUG